ACUGAAGGUAACCAUUGAAUUUCUCCGGAAACUGAGUCGCGCUCGAUGUGAGUUUUCUCGCAACAAGUUUUUGUCCAAAGUGGUGCGUCAGAGCGUGCAUAUGGUAGCACUCAUAAGGUUGUUUUAGUGAGUUGAUUAGGGUGCGGGAGACAUCAUGACUAGAAAGAAAGACAGAUUUUGGGAAUAUGCAGAACGUCUGAAUGGGCGAUUUAAGUGCAAUUUCUGCAGACGAGAUUUUGCUGGGGGUGCCCCUAGAGUUAAGUCUCAUUUAUCGGGUAUUAAAGGACGUGACAUAGAUAUAUGCACCAAGGUCCCCAAAGAUGUCCAGUUGGCUGCUGCUGCAAUGAUUAAAGGUGCGAACAAGAGACCCAAAACUGAGGCCUUCUCUAGUAAUUCUGAUGGGACUUCUUCAGAAUUAUGUGAGCAAAAUGACAGUAGUGUGCUGGAUGAUUUGCUCGCAAAGUUCUUGCUAUUGAAUAGCGUUGAUAGUGGUGUUGUCCAAUCAUCGUCCUUUAUUGAUUUCAUAAAUGCUGUGGCCGCAUUUGGUGCCGCCUAUAAGCCGAGUCAUUCUACACUCAAAACUGUGGUAAUUCCUAAGUUGCUUGGAGAAGUUGAAGCACAUGUGAGAAGUGUGAAGGAAUCAUGGGGAGAAACUGGUUGUACCCUCAUCUCUGAUGUUUUGUGCGAUGAAAUAGAGAAAACCUCCUUCAUUAAUAUCAUGGCGUACUCAUGGAAAGGGGUAGUGUUGUUGAAUACAUUCAAAGUACCAACGAACAAGUUAACCAGUGACUUCUUGGAGGUAAUCAUCUGUUUUUCAAUCAAAACUAUAGGAGCAAACAAUGUUGUCCAAUAUAUUAACGGUGCUCCAAGUCUGGAACCUACAGGGGCUUUGCUCGCUAAUGAAUAUCCUCACAUAUACAUGACCCACUGUGUUGCUGCUGAGAUUCAAUCUCUUUUUGAGGAAGUUUACCAUAAAAUCGAGUGGGUUCAUAUGGUAUUUGAUGAUGCUAGAUGUCUACUAAAUUGUAUCUACGGGCAUAGCGACCUUUUGUCACUUAUAAGGAAGCACACCAACAAUCGGGAGUUAAGACAACCUCAAAUGAUAGAGUUUUCCUCGAACUACGAUAUGCUACGGUCCAUCAUUGAGCUUAAAAGUGAGUUACUUCAACUUGUGCAGUCUUCCGACUGGCUUUCAUUUGGUUCUGAUGUGCAAGAGUUAGAGAAAGAAGUAACUGAGAUACUUCUUAGUCCACAAUUUUGGAAUGAAGGGCAAGAGAUAAUAGAGGUUCUGGAGUCAUUGUACCGAAUUUUUUAUCUAGUUGAUAGAUAUGGUUCCUCUUCCGGGUACUUUUAUAUGGCGAUGGAAUGGGCGACUGAAGAAAUAAGAAGGAUUUAUGAGCACAAUCCACCUAAGUACGAGAAGCUGUGGGAGAUUUUUAACUCAAGGAAAGGCAGGAUUGUCUAUCCAAUACAUGCCGCUGCAGCAUUUCUAAAUCCUGCAUAUGUGUAUAACGUUGUGUUUAAAGAUAAUAAGGCUAAAGUAACUGAAGUCAUGAACUUCGUGGUGGGAAAUAUUGUAGCUGACGAGGAUAAAGAAGCUUUCGUGAAGCAAAUGAUGGAUUAUCAUGCUAGAGAACCCAAAUUAUUCACAGAUAUAGCAAAGAUAAUGUUGAAGACAUCUCACCCUUGCGAAUGGUGGGCUUAUUGCGGUCAUGAUGUUCCCAUAUUAAUGAAGUACGCCAUUAGAAUACUCAGUCAACCUUGCAGUGGUUCUGCGUUUAAACAGAGUCUGAGUGUGUUCCAGAGCAGCCAUAAUGAGAAGCAAAAGAGAUCUGCACUUGGAGCAUCAUACGACCAAAGAUCUCCAAGGAUGAAUAUGAUCUUGACCGCCAGAUUCACAGCAAGGGAUGCAUCUGACAAGCCAAUUGAUCUUACACAGCUCGGCAGGCUUAAUUUGAGCGACAUGAGUUUCUCUAAUGAUUUGUUGAAUGAGGCAGGGGUUCCCCGAUUAGAUAUACAGCCAACUCAGAGGUCUGAUUUAGCUGCUGAGCAAUGUCCAAGUUGGAAAUUUUUGCAGUUGCAGUUCGUAACACAAAUUUCAUCUUUCCAAGUUACUGGUCAAGAGGUUAAGGGCGAACAAGGAUAUCAGAUUCAUGUUUUCUUGGUAGACUCUACCACAGGUAAUGUGGUACAAAGCGGUGCGUUAUCAAUGUUAAAAUUGGCAGUUUCAGCACUUCAAGGAGACUUUGAUGAAGAAGCUAGAAAUAUUUGGACAAGGGAGGAUUUUGAAGAAAAUGAAAUAGGUAGUACGCUGGAUGUCCCACUAAUGUCUGGUGACUUGCAAGUCACCCUAAAGGGUGGGAUGGGAACAUUGGGAGAUGUUAUAUUUAACUACGAUUCCAGCAUAGCAAGAAGUGGAAAGUUCAGACUCGGGGUCAAAACUUUUACGGAUGACAGCGAAAGGAUUUCAGUUCGCGAGGGCAUAUCCAAUGCAUUCGUUGUGAAGGACAUAAAGGACACAAGGGAGCCCGAUGCUGCUGCCCACUUGACACAGGUUCCUGAAAAUUCACAAAUGAUGAUGACGGGUAAUAUGGAUGACAUGGCACGACCAUGGAGUCCUCUGCAAAAUAUUGCUGAUGGCGAAACAGAACUCUACAGUCAGUUUUUCGGAUCUAUGUGGAAUGCUGAAGCAGAGUACAAGCACAAGCGGAAGGACAACGUCAAAUCGAGGCAGGCAGCAGUGAGAUGGCUAAAGCUGAAAGCCAUUUUGCAAUGGGCCAUUCUGAGGAGAAUGGUCGUGAGGAAGAGAGCUCAGAAAAUGUCUGUUAGGACCCAAGUGCCGAAGCAACUGGAAGAAUAUUCAGACGAAGAUUUAAAUCGGAGAGUUGAAGAGUUCAUAUGGCGGUUCCAACUACAGAUGCAAGAGCUCAGCAAGGAUAAGUGGAAGAACAAUGAGAAGCCACUGCUACUGGAGCCUCCUCAGGAAGUAGAGCUUGAAUCGGCUCCGUGUCCUAAUUCAAGUAUCGGAAACUCCAGAACAUUUCCAAAGCCGAAUACCUUGGAGUCUAGACAACCGUUGACUCUCUUCCCAUCGUUAUUGGCUGGCAAGGACAUGGAGCCUAUGGAGAUUGAGGGAGAAUCUGGAUCUUUCGAUGCCCUUCAGGAGGUUGACCAGGGAUCCGCAUUAAAAGAAUGUUCAACAUCAUUGACGGGACGACAUACCGAGCUUCCACAGGAUAAGGUGCGAGAGCUUCUGAAGCCCAUAGCAAGACUGUCAACAAGUCCAACCAAAGUUAAUGAGGCGAGUUUAGAGAAAAUGAACCAGAGAGGAGUCUCGAGCUGCAGGUCGUGCCACCACCUCAACUUACAGAGGAGUGAGAUGUGCCGCUGCGGCGACUCAAGCUCCGGUGCUGGGCUCUGCUAUGGGAGUUUAGGCAGGAGGGGAAAUGGCUCCUCGUUUGGGUUCCCUGACGUCCGCCCUGGGGACUGGUACUGCAAUGCUGGGAAAUGUGGCGCUCACAACUUUGCCAGUCGCUCCAGCUGCUUCAAGUGUGGCGUGGUCAAGGAUGACUCCCCCGGUGGGGGUUCUGACUGCGAAGUGCCCCUAAAUACGUCAGAAUCUAGACGACCACUGACUCUCUUCCCGUCGUUAUUGGAUGGCAGUGACGGGGAGCCUAGUGAGGAUGAGGGGGACUCUGGUGUUUCCAGCGACACUCAGUUUGAUCCCGAAGCACUCGUUGAAGAAUUUAUUCAUCAUACAAUGUUUCCUGAUGAUAAAGCACGAGAGUUUCUGAAGCCUGCAACAAGCCUGUCAACAAGUCCAACCAAAGUUAAUAAAGCGAGUUUAGAUCUAUCUCAGAAGGGUUCAUUUCAAAGAAGAGGAAGCGUCCUACCACCGAGGCGUGGACAAGUGAAGGCAAUCUUUUUUGAAAAACUUCGUUCGACUCUAAAGCGCUACAUAAUGGGAUAUAAGUUGCAGGCAGACUCAAAGCACACCUCCUCCAGCUCCAAAGAUGGUGGCAAUCAAACUAGCAUGGACACUCGAUCUUGUGCACCGUCUCAAGUAUAGGGAUUCCUUGAGGCUGAGCUUUUCAUUUGAAUCUGCUCUGUGGGUAGGUUCGAGCAUAGACUGGGAGAGCGAUGCUGUACCAGGGAGUUCACCGUGCAUCUUUGGCUUGACUAAGCUGGUUUGUGAUAACUACUUCGUAUAUUGCUCAAAUAUAGAUGUCAUGCUGUAUCCUCGUUAACAUCCUGCACACGAGUUCUGUUCUAUAAUUUGGCUUAAUAGAAUACUAGCUAAUCUCUUUUUAGUCGAAGAUCAGACUUCCCGUACUGCUGUUUUGUCUAUUUGAGCAGAGAUUGCAUAGUAGUUGCAAAGGAGUAUGCUGAAAUAUUACCGGAGAAGUAAUGAUUUUAUUUAUACCUUAGUUUCUCUGGACUUCA